CGUGCCGCGCAGAAACCGGAAGCUGUUGGUACAUUAGCUGCAGAAGAAUGUCCUCUUAGCUGAGCGCAAUGAACGGAUGCUGGGAUGCUCUGAGGUGCCUUUGCUCACAUCUGUCCAAAAUGACAUGAAUCCCUGAGCUCCAUCGCUCAGCUCCGCCGUUUCUCGCCUCCGGUAAGAAACCCUGUGGGGAUGUUUGUCUGGCUAUAACAGCUUAGUUUCCACUGGUUUAUCAUUAAGUUCAGUUCAUAUUCGUGUUAUUCGACCUCGCUGGGACUCAGCCCGCUCUGCCCCGUCCGAGGCUUCAGCCUGUCCGCAGUCAGCCGCGUAGAAACGUCCCGCUGGUCAGGGUACCAUGGCAACGAGGAUGAAGCUGAAGCUGAAGACUGUGUUUAUGCUCUACUUCAUGGUCUCCUUCCUGGGCCUCAUCUAUGCGCUGAUGCAGCUUGGCCAACGCUGUGACUGCACAGAACACGACUUCCAUAAAGACCGCACCAUAUCUCGGCUGCGGGGGGAGAUCCGCCAUCUUCAGGAGGAGAUGAAGAAAUCGGAGGUGACAAAACAACCUCAGAAACAGCCAGCCAAACCUUCCCUGCCCACCAUCUUUGUCAUCACUCCAACAUACGCGAGGCUGGUGCAGAAGGCCGAGCUGACUCGUAUGUCCCAGACUUUACUCCACGUCCCUCAGCUCCACUGGAUCGUGGUGGAGGACUCGCCGCACAAGACGGCUCUGGUGACCGACCUCCUGAUGAAGAGCGGCCUCACUUACACGCACCUACACAUGCCCACCGCCAAGGACCGCAAACUACAAGAGGGUGACCCUAGCUGGCUCAAGCCCCGUGGAGUAGAGCAGAGAAACGAGGGGCUACGGUGGCUUCGGGAGGACAGGAGGGCUCAGCCAGGAGGGGACAACCAGCAAGGAGUGGUGUACUUUGCUGAUGAUGAUAACACAUACAGCCUGCAGUUAUUUGAAGAGAUGAGGAGCACCCAGCGGGUGUCGGUGUGGCCGGUGGGGCUUGUUGGAGGGAUGAAAUAUGAAAGGCCUGUGGUUGAAGGAGGAAAGGUUGUUCGCUUCCAUACCGGCUGGCGUCCCAGUCGCCCCUUUCCGAUCGACAUGGCUGGUUUCGCUGUAUCCCUUAAAUUAGUCCUGGCCAAUCCGGAGGCAUGCUUCGAUGGAGAGGCACCAAUGGGCUUGCUGGAAAGCAGCUUUCUUCAGGGACUGGUUACCAUGGAUGAACUGGAGCCCAAAGCAGACAACUGCACUAAAGUGCUGGUGUGGCACACACGGACAGAGAAACCGAAGAUGAAGAGAGAGGAGGCGCUGCAGGCUCAGGGAAUGGGUUCAGACCCUGCUGUGGAGGUCUGAGGAGCACACACACCCACGGUGUAUGAUAUACUCUGCUGUUUAAUGCUGCAUAUGUAACUCUGCAUUGUAAAUACUGUAAAACACUAAAGCGUCGGUUAGAAGAGAACCUGGUUAUGACUGUCUGUUAUAUCAGGUUGUAAAUAUAGGUGUAUAUCCACUGUGUGUUUUGUCACAAUUGUGCUGAUGUCUUUGUUCGAUUACCUGUUGGGGGCGCCAGUGUAGAGGUUUGUGAAGCCAUGCUGUUCUCCUGCUGCUGGAGCAUUUUUGCUUGAAACUGGAAGGAGGAUGCGUCUAAUAGCAGAAGCGUCUCGUGUCAUUCAUGUUUACUUGUAGCUCAGUGGAUCUCCUGUGAUAUUUCUCACUCCUGGCAGCAGUUAGACGUUUUUAUGGCUGAGUUACAUCAGGGGCUGGAUGUAUAAAUGAUGCGACAGGCAAAAAAAAACAUGCGCACAAACUGGUAUUUAGAAAGGAAGAAAGGAAGUACGCAUGAAGCACAUUCAUGGGUACAAACAUAAUUCAUUUUUAAUGGAAAGUUGAGCCUGAUAUGAUAAAGUGAAAAGGGAUUAAAAUAAUACAUAAAAUAAAGCUUGUAAUUUGAAUUAAUUUUUGUUUU